AUUUUCGUCGCAAUGCAAGUCAUAGUUGAAGUUGACCUCGCAGUGUUUGCUUGGAAGCGUGCUGCCGACAGUGAAGGGAGAUCAUGUUCAGCUCCGCACUGUGGAGCAACAUAGGAGCUCCUUAACUUGGACCAUAUGGAGUUGUUCCAAUUGACUGCAGUUGACCUGUGAACGUCGAUAUUUUGCGUGCGUGUAGUUUUUCAGAUGUGAAACCAGCUGCACUUUGCCCGCAAUCCCUUCGUCGCUGGCGCCAGAUUUUCUUUGUGUUCUACUGUUGCCUCCAUCACUCCACAGCGGACCGUGAAGAUGUCAGCUCGAGAGCCCCGAUCUCGAAUCCUGAUCACUUCGCUCUAUUUACUCUCGCUGCUCCUUGGCAGUGCAACCGAGCAGGAGGGCUUCAACGUGGAGGCGUGGCUUCGUCAGUUCGGCUACCUGUCUCGGGCGAGUCCACGGAUGUCCACGAUGCGGUCGGCUCAGAGCCUGUCCCGAGCCAUCGGUGACAUGCAGCGCUUCUACGGCUUGGAGGUGACCGGAAAGUCGGACGCCGCCGCUGUCGCGGCCAUGCGUCGACCCCGUUGCGGCCUCCCAGACAAAAAAGCCGACACGGAUGACGGCGCGAGGAGGAGACGCUACGCCCUCGCAGGACAACGGUGGGACAAGGACCGCGUUACCUACAGUGUAUUGGACCAGCACAUCCCGCUCUCCCUGGGCGCGCAGAAGACAUCCGAUGCAAUCCGCAGAGCCUUCGAUGUGUGGCAAAGGGCCACGGCGCUCACCUUCCAAGUGCUACCGGCUCGACAUGGCAACGGCAGCCGGGAACAGCUCGCAGACAUCCUGUUGUUGUUUGCUUCCGGUUUCCACGGUGACAUGUCCUUGUUUGACGGCGAGGGGGGCUCGCUGGCCCAUGCCUUCUACCCUGGGCCCGCGACGGGCGGGGAUACGCACUUUGAUGCGGACGAGCCUUGGACUUUGGACAGUCCAAACCACCAAGGUAUUGACCUCUUCCUGGUUGCGGUGCACGAACUCGGUCACGCUUUAGGUCUGGAGCACUCCGACAAUCCCGAUGCCGUCAUGGCUCCUCUCUACCGGUGGAUCCACACGCACAACUUCACGCUGCACGAGGACGACAUCCGGGGAAUACAGCACAUAUAUGGUCCCCCUCGUGUUAGUGAGGCUCCUCCCACCUCCGGUGGGGAUCAGGGACAUGCGUUGCCCGCCUCCCUUUCUCCCCCUGAAGACAAAACCACCCGCCCUCCCCCAGUUGAUGCCGAACCCGACACCCCGAGCCCCACCGAAGGAAGCCAGCUCGUCCCCGGCAAGCCCGAAGCGACCGCCCGUCCCGUAAUCCCCGCCACCUCCCAUUCCGAAGUCACACCGCCCGUCGGGAAGGACGUGCCCCUUCCUCCGCCUACUCGUCGGCCUCCUAACGAGGCUCCUGAUAUCUGUGAUGGAGACUUUGACACUGUGACACUUCUGAGAGGGGAGAUGUUUGUGUUCAAAGGUCGCUGGUUUUGGCGCGUGCGGAGGAACCGGGUCCUGGACAACUAUCCCAUGCCGAUAUCGGUCUUCUGGGUUGGUCUUCCGAGCGACGUCGAUGCAGCUUACGAACGCCACGAUGGCAAAUUUGUCUUCUUUAAAGACGAUCAGUACUGGGUGUUUCGGGAAGCCGACGUCCUACCGGGAUACCCGCAGCCCAUUCGGGAAUACGGUCACGGAGUUCCGCCGCAUAGCAUCGACACAGCGGUCUGGUGGGAGCCAAACGGAUACACCUACUUUUUCUCAGACGACCGGUACUGGAGGUUCAACGAAGAGACGCGCAAAACGGACAGAGACUCCCCGAAACCAAUCGGCAGAUGGGGAAAGAUCCCUCCCUCGCCCAAAGGAGCCUUCCUCAGUGACGACGGCGCAUACACCUAUUUCUACAAAGGCACCAAUUACUGGCGGUUUGACAACCACAAGACGGUAGCAGACAAAGGCUACCCACGCUCCAUCCUCAAGGAUUUCAUGGGCUGUGCGGGUGUCCCUGAGCCUCAGCCAGACCCAGACGUUGAGCCCCGAGCUGAAGACCAACCCACUAAGCCUUCGGACAGAGGAGAGGAUGAGUGCAAAGAUGCGGACUGCGGGAAGGAUGAAAACACGGCCCCCGAAAAAGAUGGCGACGACCCAGAUGUGGAGGAGGAAGACGGAGAAGUGAACGUGGCGGUGACGGUGGCCGACGACGCGUCCAAAGUUACGACGUUGAUCGCGGUGGUGGUUCCUCUGGUGCUCAUCCUGUUCAUCCUGGUCCUCAUCUACGCCAUCCUUAGGACUCUGCAGAACAAAGAGACCCCCAGGGCCCUGGUGCACUGCAAGCGCUCGUUGCAGGACUGGGUGUGACGCACACUAACAGAUA